AUGGCACAUCACAAAUGGACCAAGAUGGUUCCCUCCGCUUGGAGGGAGGGCCGAUGGGCAAUCCGAAGCAUGCUGUGGGUAAAUAAGGAUGUGGAAGCGGAGCAAGUGCCGAUCGAGUCGCCGGACCUGACCGCAGCGGUCAUCCGCCUCCCGGAGCGCCUGAUAUUUAUGGCAUCGGUCUACGUAGAGGGCGGAGAUGCCGUAGCGUUGGACGACGCAUGUGAUCGCCUCAGAAAAGCAAUCAGUAAGGUACGGCAAGACGCGGGAACGGUGGUGGAGAUCAUGAUCGUGGGAGACUUUAACCGCCACGAUCAGCUCUGGGGAGGAGACGAAGUGUCUUUGACAAGACAGGGAGAGGCGGAUCCAAUCAUCGACCUCAUGAACGAAUUUUCUCUUAGCAGCCUACUCAAACGAGGCACCAAGACAUGGCACGGCGGAGGACAGAAUGGGGACUGCGAGUCCACGAUCGACCUCGUCCUGGCCUCAGAAAACUUGACACAAUCUAUGGUCAAAUGUGCGAUACAUGGGACAGAGCACGGCUCGGACCACUGCGCCAUUGACACCGUUUUUGACGCCCCGUGGCCGGCUCCACAACAUCCAGAGCGACUUUUGCUGAAAAAUGCGCCAUGGAAGGAAAUCAAUGCCCGGAUUGCGACGGCGCUCGUCGCCACCCCGUCGGAAGGCACGGUGCAGCAGAAAACCGACCGACUCAUGUCUGUGGUGUCGGAGGCGGUGCAUGCUUUGACGCCGAGGGCCAAACCGUCGCCACACGCAAAGCGAUGGUGGACGGCCGACCUAACACAACUCCGCCAGAUAUACACAUAUUGGAGAAACCACGCCCGCUCGGAGCGACGGGCAGGGCGAAAGGUGCCGCAUCUGGAGAACAUGGCCGCGAGUGCAGCGAAACAAUACCACGAUGCAAUACGGAAACAAAAGAAGAAGCACUGGAAUGAGUUUCUGGCCGACAACGAGAAUAUAUGGGAAGCCGCGAAAUACCUAAAGUCGGGAGAUGAUGCAGCAUUCGGGAAGAGCAAGCGGAGGAACUGCUGA